CCAUGUUGAAGGAACUUGCUACUCAUGUUUCCAACUUUGCGCUUGGAGAGCUUUUUAAACAAUAUGAGUUGGCGACAUCUUCUAUAUUGGGUCCUUGUAGAGGUCAUUUUUCAAAGACCAUGGGUCUACCGUGUGCACACAUGAUGACUAACAAGAAAGGUGAAAGCUUGCUACUUAGCGAUAGACAUCCGCAAUGGAUAAUUGAUAUAAGGUCAUUCACCAAUGUGGAUGGUGGGGUGAAUGGAAAUGGACGCGAAAUUGAACGUCUUCUCAAGAAUUUUCAAGAUAAAUACAAAUGCAUGCCUCUUGUUGAAAGGGAAGAUAGCCUCAAGCAAGUUGCUCAACUUAUUGAUUCUCCAAUUCCAUUGACUCUUGAACCGAGCAUUCAACCUCACAAAGGACGACCAUCGGGUUCCAAGAAAAGAAAGGGAGAUGGCUCUACCACCCGUGAUCCUUCAACUUUCAAGAUUGCAGAAAAAACCCGAAAAUGUAGUGUUUGCCACCACAUUGGACAUAAUAGUCAGACUUGCCCACACAAGGAUGAAAACACUAGGAGGAGUCCUCAUUUUGUCCUGGCUAAUCAACAUGUCAACCUAAAUAUGCUAGAAACACAAUUUGAAUGUGAGAUCAAUACCUCACUGGAACUAUAGCCGUAGUGGAGUUUGUUUUGUGGAUGUGAUGCUAUUUGUUUGUGGAGAACCAAAUGUGCAAAGAAGAUCUCCACUUUUUGGUAGGAACUAGUUAGGAAACUGCUGGAACAUAUAUAUUGUAAUGUCUUCUGCAGUUUUUUUGUUGGACUUUAUGAAGAUCGAAUGUUUGGAGAUCUUUACUAGGAUAGAUGAUGGAUAUUUGUAUGAAUUUUUGGAGUAACAUUGUGUGAAUUUAUUGUAUUUUUUGACUUAAUCUGGAAAUGCCAUCUGCAGUU